AUGGCAUACAAAGGCUCCGUCAUCGUGACUGGUGGCACCGUCGGCCUUGGCUACGAGGCCGCCCUCAAGAUCGCCAAGGACAGGCCCGACUAUCUCGUCGUCGUGGCCUCGCGCUCUGACAAGCAGCACGCCGCCGACUCCAUCAACCGCGCCCUCGGCCAGUCUAACGUACGCUUCCAAGCCCUCGACCUCGCCGACCCCGACAACGUCCGCCGCUUCGCAAUGGCCUGGAGCUCCAACACCCAAAACCCGCCCAUAAAGGCGGUCGUCCUAAAUGCCGCUCUCCAGUUCCCCAACGACCUCACUCUCACGCCCUCUGGCAUCGAAAAGACUUUUGCCGUCACACACCUCGGCCACGCCCAGCUGUUCCACCUCCUCGCCCCUUCGCUCGCCCCGGACGCCCGAAUCGUCAUCACUGCCAGCGGCGUCCACGACCCGGCCCAGAAGAGCGGCAUGCCCGACGCCGUGUACACGACCGCGCAGGAGGUUGCGGGCGGCUACCCCGGCGCGGUCAAGGGCCGCGCGAGGUACUGCAACGCCAAGCUGUGCAACGUGCUCUGGACGUAUGCCCUGCACCGCCGGCUGGAGGCCCACAACAAGCAGCACCCGGACGCGAGCUGGACCGUCACGGCCAUGGACCCCGGGCUGAUGCCCGGCACGGGGCUCGCCAGGGAGGGCACCGCGAUCGAGCGGUUCCUCUGGUUCCGCGUGCUGCCCCGCGUGCUGCCCCUGCUCAGGCUCUUGAUGGGCAUGGACAACAUCCACCAUCCUUCCGUGUCGGGCGCCAACCUGGCCCGGCUGGCGGUGGGCGAGGACGUGCGCGGCGUGUCGGGCAAGUACUUUGAAGGAGCCAAGGAGAUUGAUUCGAGCAAAGUCAGCUACGACGUGGCCAAGCAGGAGGACCUAUGGCAGUGGACUGUCAAGUUCUGCGCUGGUGAGGACGAGGAGCUGCUCAAGAGGUUCGAGGCGCUGCAAUGA